UGGCUCCUGUGGAUGGUCUUGCCGUGCUGUCCCAUCUUUAGGGUUUUGCCGAGUCCUGGUUGUGUGGACAUGGGUUGAGUUAGUGAAGAAAAGCAGCUUGUCUGGGGACGUCCCCUAAAAGGGGGGAGAGGCAUCCCUGCCACCAUUUCCAGCUGGAAGACCCCCUGUCUGGGACACGUUCAGGGCCAGGGAGGAGCUGUUCACCUCUCCUCUGUAUGCAGUGUGGGGUGCUCUCCCCCUCAUUCCAUAUCCCCUUUUCUGCCCCUAGUGCUUCCUCUGGAAAGGCAGCUCCAUGAAGCUGCCCGUCGGAACAACAUCAGAAGGAUGAAGGAACUGAUCGAGAGGAAAGUCGACAUCAGGGCCAGAAACCACGUUCGUAAAGGGGCUCUUCCAAAUCAGGGUGCCUGGAUAGGAAUAGUGCCUGCAUGAUGACACCUCCACGCAGGAGGAACAGUUCCUGGAGCCGGAGGCAGGAGCAUUUGCAUCUGUUACUUGGGGGAGGCUCAGAUUGUCCACUUUGGCUUAAGGUCUCUGAGGCCUCUCUGAAGUCAGGGAUUCCUAGCCAGGCUUGGGCAAUUUGAGAGCUCACGCGCUCAAUCCCCAUCCCCCACCUGAAAGGCACACACAAGGAACAAAGGUUAGAGUCAGGAGGGCAGGGGGGUUGAAGGUCAGGAAUCAGAGGCUGACAGAUAGGCAGAUAGGGGCAGAGGACUGGAGGGAGAAAGAUGAAAUGAUGCCUAUGGUCAGAAAUCCAGGGGUUCAAGACCAUGAAAGGCCAGACCGAGACAGGCUGAGCAUGUGUGAGGAAGCAAUUUCGUUUAGAUCUCUGAGCGCCCACUAUGGGCCCAGGCAGGUCCUGGGGGGGCUCAAAGACCAGACAGGGAGGCAGACCUAGCCCACUGAUCAGACUUCAGGGAAGGCUGCCGAUGGGGUGAUCUAUAGCCCCGCUGGGGGAGGAGACAGAGAAAAGCCAUUCCUUCUGAUGGGGAGCCCUGGGGAUAGUCCUGGGUGCCACUCAGGGUAGCUUUUCCCUACCUUGGGGCUUCUGGCUGCCAGGCUUGUCUUAGGGGGAUGUCAGCCUGGGUGGGAGGUCAGCGGAGGCUGAAAGGGUUGGAUGUAGGAUUCCUGCAUGCAGCAGAGGCUGCUCUGUCUGGGGUGACACGACAAGGGUAUGACCUGGGUCUUCAGGGCCUGCCUGGGGCCCAGUAAGAGUAAGAGGAAUUCCCAGGGAUGUCUGAUGUGCUCAUCCACCUGAUUCCUGGUGGUCCUCACUCACCCACUGAGAGGUGAGGAGGGCAGGAAGGAUUAGUCCUAUUUAUAGAUCAAGGCAGGCACAGACAGUCAACAAGUCACCUCAGGUCACACAUUUCAUUGAUAAUUGGAGCCUCAGUCUCAGCUCCUGGGCAAACACUUGCAAGGAAGCAUGGACUUGUAGGAUGAUAGGAUGCUAAUGCCAGAUUCAUUCAUUUACUUGUUUGUUUAUUCAUUCAAUCCACCAGUAUUUCUGAAGGGCUUACUCUGUGCCGGCACUGUGCUAGGUGCUGGGGACAGAGCAGAACUUGUGCAGAUGGAGUCCCUGCCCUCUUGGAGUCCUGGUGGGGAGAACAGAUAUUAAACAAUGUGUCUCAUGAACAGUUGUUCCCACUGUGAUUAAGUUGAGAACAUGUGGAGGGUCUGAGGGGGCCCCCCCUACCUAUAGCAACCAGGGAUUUUUGCAGGAGCCUGAGUGAAGACAGGAAGAGGGGAUAGUGUGGGCAGAAGCCUUGAGGAAGGAAGACCACACAGAAAAUUAGCAUUUCCUUUUGUUGUUCCCUUAUAAGCUAAAAACUGCAGGUCAUGAGCUGGAGGAAGGAGGAUUCCCCCAGUCCUGCUCACAUGUGCUGAGGCCAAAGACCAUGAUGAACUUCCAGGGUAGUCUGACAAAGGGGUGGGGGACCAGGCCCCUUCAGCCCAUUCUGAAGGAAGAAGGGGAUUGACCCAGGUAGUCAGGGGCCCUCAGAGACUAGGACAAUAAUCCUCCGACUGGUGGCUGUCCAGCAGAGGGAGCAGCAGGAACAAAGACAGGCCACGGGGGAGUAGUUUGGCAUUUCUAAGCCGUGGCAGGCAGGGCCUCACAGGGCCUAGGGUUAGGAGUUUGUCCCAAGAGCAGUGGGAAGCUGUGCAGUUUUAGGUGAGAGACGGAUGGGUCUAGUCAUUGUGUUUGACUAUGUUCAUUUCAGCUGCUGUCAUGUGGAGGAGGAGAAAGGGGCCUGAGUGGGGCUGGGGCCCUGCCCUCUUGUCACUAGAGCCAGCAGAGGCCCUUCCACCCUGCAGACCAGCUGAAUUGCAGCUAAGGAAGUGGGAGGGGGUGGGGAGGUGGGCCAGGCAGGCAGCUGGUGCCUCACAGCUCUUCUCUCCCUCCUGGCAGGUGGGCAGGGCAGCCCUGCACUGGGCUGCGGGUGCAGGGCAUGAGCAAGCUGUGCGGCUGCUCCUGGAGCAUGAGGUUGCUGUGGACGAUGAGGAUGCGUUUGGGAUGAACUCGCUUCUCCUGUCUGCCUGGUUCGGCCACUUACAGAUCCUGCAGAUCUUGGUCAACUCUGGGGCCAAGAUCCACUGCAAGAACAAGGAUGGCCUGACCUUACUACACUGUGCAGCCCAAAAAGGCCACGUGCCAGUGCUCGCAUUCAUAAUGGAAGACCUGGAGGAUGUGCCCCUGGACCAAGCUGACAAGCUGGGAAGGACAGCGUUUCACAGGGCUGCUGAGCAUGGGCAGCUGGAUGCUCUGGACUUCCUUGUGGGCUCUGGCUGCGAGCACAGUGUGAAAGACAAGGAGCCCUUCUGCCUGCAGGAGGGGAACACAGCCCUUCACCUGGCAGCUAGCCGCGGCCACCUGACUGUGUUGCAGCGACUCGUGGACAUCAGGCUGGACCUGGAGGAGCAGAAUGUGGAAGGUCUGACUGCCCUACACGCAGCGGUUGAAGGCAGCCACCCUGACUGUGUGCAGCUGCUCCUUGAGGCUGGGAGCAGCGUGAACGCCCUCACCCAGAAAAAGCAAAGCUGCCUCCACUACGCAGCCCUUGGUGGCUCUGAGGAUGUGGCCCGGGCCCUCAUCCAUGCAGGAGGCCACACCAACAUAGCUGAUCAUGGAGCCUCUCCUAUGCACCUCGCUGUGAGGCACAACUUCCCCGCCUUGGUCCAGCUCCUCAUUGACGCAGGCAGUGACCUGGAUGCCACUGACAAUAGGCAGCAGACGCCCCUCCACCUUGCUGCUGAGCACGCCUGGCAAGACAUAGCAGAGAUGCUCCUCGUCACUGGGGUUAACUUAAACCUGAGAGAUAAGCAAGGGAAAACUGCCCUGGCAGUGGCCGCCCGCAGCAACCACAUCAGCCUGGUGGACAUGAUUAUAAAAGCUGAUCGCCUCUACAAAUGGGAGAAGGAUCACGUGUUGUGCAGGGACCCCAGGGAUCCCUCUGGGAAGAACUUGACCUUUAAGCAGGACCAUCGGCAGGAAACGCAGCAAUUCCACUCUGUGCUGUGGCGACUGGCUUCCAGGCAUCUGCGGCCUCAAGAGUGGAAGAAGCUUGCGUAUUGCUGGGAGUUCACCGAGGCCCACGUCCAUGCCAUCGAGCAGCAGUGGACAGGCAUCAAGAGCUACCAGGAGCAUGGCCACCGGAUGCUGCUUAUCUGGCUGCAUGGUGUGGCCAUAGCCGGUGAGAACCCCAACAAAGCACUGUUCGAGGGCCUCGUGGCCAUUGGCAGGAGGGACCUGGCUGAAAGCAUCAGGAAGAAAGCAAAUGCUGACCCGGGUACCCCCAGGAGGUGUACAGCCAUGUAACUGGAGAGGCCAGACCUUCAGGGGCAUGCAGACUCUGAAUGGGGGCCCCUGAACAGAAGAGGACCACCAUUUAAGGGCUUUUAAAAAAUCACUGUUAACAGACCUCCAGCUGCUUGUACUGAAACACCCAGCCCUGCAGGACCAGCAGGCACUGUUUGUAAUCUCUUUCACAGGGGUUAGUCCAGGGGCCAGUUCAGGUUUUGCAGGUAAUCCCUUCCCACAGGUGCAGUCCUUUGCAGCUCUUGGAGCAUCACAGCAGUCCCCUGAGAUGCAAGGGCCAUCUUUUCAGAAAGGACACUGAGGCUCAGAAUGGAUAAGCAGCUAAUCGGCUGUUGAGGUCAGGUGCCAAACCCAGCAUUCCUGUCUCCCCAACCUGGCAAAAGGACUCCAACUGUCACUUACAAAACGGACCUCCUUUAACUCAUUCACUGGCUUUUAAUGAAUGCUGUGCUUACAAAAACAGUGUUUCUGUUCACAAGCUUAUUUAUAUACUUUGACAGUUCUAAGAGGUACACACAUUCUUUUUUUCCCAUUUUGUUUAGAAAUUUAAUUUUAAAAAUUUAUUUUUAUUAUUUUUUUGAGAGAGAGAGAGAGAGAGCACGCAUGCAUGGGAGAGAGGGAGAGAGA